AUAGGGACAUGCCCUAGGUGGUUAUUUGGGGGUGUGACAAAAAUCGCGAUUAAAUGUUUUGGAAUCACGAUUCCUGAUUUAACGUAGCUCCAGGAAAUACCUUUUAAAUCCCACAGCUGUCACUAUUUUUUAUUAAUCUCAUUAUUUAUUAACUUAUUGUCAUGUCUCAUUUAUAUUUUUCUAAAUUCUUCAAAUAUUAUAUACAUCUAGACAGUUUGGCCGAAUGGUCUAAGGCGCCAGAUUUAGGCUCUGGUCCGAAAUGGCGUGGCUUCAAAUCCCACAGCUGUCAUUAUUUUUCAUAUUCAUUGGUUGUUUUUAGUUGUGUUUCAUAUCAAGUGGGUCAAAAUGAAAAAGUUUAGUUGGAAGUUAACUGUGGCAUUAUUGAUAUAUGUGGUUAUUAUUAGGCAUCAUAUGAGAAGUAGAUUACCACAUGAUGGCGUUACGAUCUUGGUCGCAAGAGGAACUUUGAACUGGUUAUCUUGACAUUAUUGAAGCUUAUGCCACAUAUUUGGUCAAUGGUCAAACAUUUAUUUUCAAUUAUAUCAUAUUUGGUCAAUGGUCAAACAUUUAUUUUCAAUUAUAUAUCCUGGACAUGUGUUAAUAUUUUCUUUGAAGUGAGGGAGUGUUAUAUUGGUAACCAUCAAAUCUUUUAGCCUAUGUGUUUGAAUUUAUCUUUCACCGUUUUUAAAAACUGAAUCUGAAGAAAGAGUCACUGUUUGACUACAAAAGGUCAACUGUCGUGCUACCAAAACUAUUUGUCAAAGGUCUAAAAUAGAUCGUUUAUAGUGAUGACAAUAAGUUAAAAAGUAACUUUAUGUUAGUUUUAUUCAUUUUGUUUGGUUGUUUUAGUUCCAGGAGUUUUUUUUAUUAAGUUAGCGCAAGUCAUAUAUAGGUUGUUGUAAGUCUUACGUUAGUAACGUUUUAAAGGAUAUCCCACAGGUAAUGCAUUCUCAACUUUGUGUUGAUUUUACAUCUUGAUUUUAUGAACAUGAGAACAUUGAGGGUCCAUAGCUAAUGGAGCGGAAGAGCAGUAUACGAGUGAGUUCGAGAAGAAGGUAUAUACUUUGAAGAUGGAAGUGACUACGCAGAGAUCUUUGUGUAGGUUACGAAGCUGCAGGUUGGGUACAUCAGACGGCUUAAUUAUUACAAUUAAAAAAAAGAUAAAAUGGAUGGACUCGAUGAGUGAGCUGGACAAGAAACAUAAAAAGGAAAAUGUUGAAAUGCUUGAAGAAGCGAAGAAUGCACUCUCCCUCAAGGCUGACAUUGACUUCCGAGGGCACAGGCGUUUUGCGGAACCUGGUGGAAUAAUGGAUUUUGGUGAAGACUGACGAUCCAAUAGGUAAAUAUUCGCAUGCAUUUUGUGGGUCUGAUGUUUCUAUUCGACCGUAUUUCAAGGUCUACAUAUUAUUUUUAUGUUUAGACUUCAUAUUUCUAUCCUUAUAUCAUAACCAUAUAUACUAUCUUCUUUCAGUAACUUUCUGUAUGGGUUCUUCUUUGAUUAAUUAUACCAAUGAGUUAUAAGUUUGUAAAUUGUUAUCGGAUGCAUUUGAAAUGUUUAACCAAUAGUCAAACUUUGAUGUUUUAAUCGGAUGAAGAGAUGUUUGACCAAUAGUCAUCUCUUCAUCAAAUGUUGACUGCAUUUGAGAUGUUUGACCAAUAGUCAAACGUUGAUGUUUUAACUUUUAAUUGGAUGAAGAGACUACAUGAUAUGAGUUUAUAUAGUUACUGAAAUUUGAAACUUAUACAUGAUCUGGUUUAAAUUUUAACCUUCGAGAUGGAAUCUAACAUAGAAGAAGCUAUUAGAGCGAAAGAACAAGCGGAGAAACUUUUGUAAGAACUGUCAUGGCGUUUUUGUUGCUGUUGAGACGGGUGUGGCUCCGGUGGCGUUUUGCCGGUGGUCGUAUACAACCGAUAACGGGUUCACAAAAUCUUCGUACACUGCAGCAUUUCAUUCUGGAAACGGGCCCGAGAUCAGUGAUUCGGGUCAAGUUAGAAGACUUAGUCAAUAGCGUACCAAACGGGUGCUUUUCAUUUGAACCUGUUAUUGAUGUUAGAAAGUUAAUCAAUAAAGUCCGAUAAGUGAUUCGGGUCAGUUUAGAAGAAAUGAAGUUAGCUUCAAAAGCCGAAAAGAACGGGAAAAGACGAAAAACACGAUGAUCAACCCGGACCCUGAUUUCCAUGAUUUUGAUAACGACAGAUCGGAGAAAGUAUUUAAACCCAAACAAAUAUGGGCGAUUUACGAUGAACAAGAUGGGAUUUUGAUAGCAUGCUAUCACAUUUUAUUUUGUAACACGUUAUAUCACAUUUUAGUAUGUUCGCAUUUG